AUGCCCAACAGAACGGAAAGAAGACGUUUCCCGGGCGAGGAAGGUGCUAGCUCCUCUGCUAACGAACACGACUACAACAACGGCGCCAGCGGGAUGGAGUGCUCGUUACCAGCAAUGGCAGAUGAGCUGGAAUUCCCUCCACUGCCCGUUACACCGAGUAAGCCUCCCCUUGCUAAGAAGCCUUCGCUGUCCAGAUUCCAUGAUGCUAAUGAUAGUCUUUCUAACACUACUGCCCGCAUGCUUGCCGAUUUGAUCAAUUCAAGAAGCGACGCGCUUGAAGAAAUGAUUGGCGCCAUUCGCACUGAGAUGAAAGUAGAAUGUAAAGAUUGCCGCCAUUGA